AUGAGCGUAACAAAUAAUUUUAAACGAAAAUCAUUUGCUGGUCAAAAUGCAUCAGCAGCACCAUCAUCGAAUGGUGGCACACAAGUUAAACGACCAAAACGGGCGAAUGAUGAUGACGAAGAUGAUUUUAUGGAUGAUCCCGCUUUUGAUGAUGCUGAUCCAGAAAAUAAAGAAAAUGUCAUUGAAAUUGGUCAAGGUCCAGGUUAUGAAAUAACUAAUGUUAAAUGGUCACGACCAGAUAUUCCACCAAUAAAUUCUGCAACAGAUAAACUCGUAUUUCAACAAAUUGAUUUAGAUACUUAUACAGAUACUGAUGGUACACCACAUAUACUCGAUAAAAGUCGACCACAUGUUCGUGGUCAUAAUACUGUUAUACGUCUUUACGGUGUUACUGAUGAAGGUUAUUCAGUUAUGGCACAUUUACAUGGUUAUAUUCCAUAUUUUUAUGUAAACAUGCCGUCGGAUUCAUUUACUACAGCUGAUUGUGAACGUUAUAAACAAAAUUUUCAAGCUGCUUUACGUAGUGAAUUACGUGGUAAAGAUGUGGUUCACGGCGAUGUCGUACUUAGUGUUGAAAUCGAACAAAAAGCAAGUGUUUAUGGUUAUCAACCUAAUUCAAAACAAAAUAAAGUACUUAAAAUAAGUGUAUUAUUACCAAGAUUUAUUGCAACAUCAAGACGUAUCCUUGAAGGUGGUUUUUCAUGGACCGGGAAUCAGACUCAAAUUUCUGGUUAUAAAACUUAUGAAACAAAUAUUGAUUUUGAAAUUCGUCUUAUGGCUGAUUUGCAUAUCGUUGGUUGUAAUUGGAUUGAAAUUCCUGCUGGAAAAUAUUUUAUACGACAAAUGCUUACUCGUGGAAUGGUGGGACAACAAUUAAAACUACAUUCAAGAUGUCAAAUAGAAUUGGACAUAUGGGCACAGGAUAUUAUUUCUUAUCCAACUGAAGGUGAAUGGCAACGAAUUGCACCUUUACGUAUAAUGAGUUAUGAUAUUGAAUGUGCUGGACGAAAAGGAAUUUUUCCUGAGCCUGAGCAUGAUCCAGUUAUUCAAAUAGCUAGUAUGGUCAUUCGUCAAGGUGACAAAGAAGAAUUUAUUAAAACUGUAUUUACAUUGGGUACAUGUGCAAAUAUUGCUGGUGUUGGAGUUAUUGAAUGUAAAACUGAACAUGAAUUACUUGAAAAAUGGGCUGAUUUUUUACGUGAAGUCGAUCCAGAUAUAAUUACAGGAUACAAUGUUCAAAAUUUUGAUUUUUCCUAUCUUCUUGCUCGUGCAAAACAUCUUAAUGUACCAACAUUCUCGUAUCUCGGUCGAUUGAAAGAUGUGAAAACUACAGCACGUGCAAUAGUUAUUCAAUCAAAACAAAUGGGAAGACGUGAAAAUAAACAAAUUAAUUUAGAAGGACGAAUUUUAUUUGAUCUUUUAUUGGUUUUACUUCGUGAAUAUAAACUUCGUUCAUAUACAUUGAAUGCAGUUAGUUAUCAUUUUCUUCAACAACAAAAAGAAGAUGUACAACAUUCGAUUAUUACUGAUUUACAAAAUGGUAAUGCACAAACACGUCAUCGUCUUGCUGUUUAUUGUCUGAAAGAUGCUUUUUUACCAUUACGUUUAUUAGAAAAAUUAAUGUGCUUAAUUAAUUAUAUGGAAAUGGCUCGUGUUACUGGUGUACCAAUGAAUUAUUUAUUACAACGUGGUCAACAAAUCAAAGUUAUUUCACAAAUUUUACGAAAAUGUAAAGAAAAAAAUUUACUUAUACCAGCAAUGAAAAUUAUGGAUAAUGGAGAUGAUUAUACAGGAGCAACUGUUAUUGAACCAAUUCGUGGUUAUUAUGAUACACCUAUAACAACAUUAGAUUUUUCAUCACUAUAUCCAUCUAUUAUGCAAGCACAUAAUUUAUGUUAUUCAACAUUGAUUACUGAUGGACGAAUAAAACAAACUUUAUCCGAGGAUGAUUAUAUCACAACACCAAGUGGUAAUUGUUUCGUAAAAUCUACAGUUUGUUGUGGAAUAUUACCAGAAAUUCUUACAAAUUUACUCACUGCUCGUAAACGAGCAAAACAAAUGAUGAAAGAAGAAACAGAUGAAUUUCGUAAAAAAGUGCUUGAUGGUCGUCAACUUGCUUUAAAAAUAUCUGCUAAUUCAGUUUAUGGUUUUACUGGUGCACAAGUUGGUAAAUUACCUUGUCUCGAAAUAUCUCAAUCAGUAACAUCAUUUGGUCGUGAAAUGAUUGAAAAAACGAAAGCUUUAGUUGAAAAUGAAUAUACAAUUGCGAAAGGUCAUGAACAUAAUGCGCAAGUUAUUUAUGGUGAUACAGAUUCUGUUAUGAUUAAAUUUGGUGU